AUGAAUCCCGACGCGUGUGAUCCUCUUGCUCAUACCAGCAUGUAUCAGAGAGCUGAAGAAGACAGUGACGACAGCGAUGGUGAAGGAGGGUUGGGAAAUGUGAGCCGCGUCAUCGUAAGACCUCCAGGACACAGCGGAAAGGCAAAGCGCGGUCAUUUAUGCUUCGAUGCAGCCUUCGAAACGGGAAACCUUGGUCGGGUUGAUCUUGUCGGGGAGUUUGAGUACGAUCUGUUUCUACGACCAGACACGUGCAAUCCACGAUAUCGGUUUUGGUUCAACUUUACCGUCGACAACGUAAAGCAGGAUCAGCGAGUUAUCUUCAACAUCGUGAACAUCAACAAGAGCCGAAAUCUAUUCAAGGAUGGCAUGACUCCGUUGGUUAAAUCCACCAGCCGUCCGAAGUGGCAACGGUUGCCCCGUUGUGAGGUUUUUUACUACAAAUCACCCGUUCAUCAGAACCACUACGUGUUGAGUUUUGCCUUUGGGUUCGACAAAGAAGACGAGGUUUACCAGUUUGCCCUCACAUUUCCCUACUCGUACUCGAAAAUGCAGGCCUAUUUAAAUGCGCUGGAGCUCAAGUAUCCCGAUGCAUUCGAACGAUCGAAUUUGGGGAUGAGCAUUCAAAACCGCAAACUGGAGCUGGUCACUUUCGAUGAUGUGAAGAAACCGGACAAAGUAGAUCCCAAAAAUGUAAUUCACAUGGUAAUUAUUCUGGCCCGGAUACACCCAGGCGAAUCUCCGGCCUCUUAUGUGGUGCAAGGAUUGAUUGAAUUUCUUGCUGCGGCAAACCAGCCAAUUUCGAAAGCACUGCGUGAGCACGUAGUUUUUAAAAUUGUGCCAAUGCUCAAUCCGGAUGGUGUUUUCCUCGGUAAUAAUCGAUGCAAUGUGAUCGGACACGAUCUCAACCGAUCGUGGAACAAACUAUCUCAGUACACACACCCCACACUGUCAGCUGUGAUGAAAAUGCUGAAGGAGUAUGAUAAUUCCAGCUGUUAUCAGGUGGACUUUGUGAUUGACAUUCAUGCCCAUUCGAGUCUCACUGGAACUUUUAUCUACGGUAGCACGUACGACAACGUGUACCGCUACGAGCGCCACUUGGUCUUUCCUAAGCUGUUCGCCACAAAGUGUGAGGAUUUUUGCCAGGAGCACAUGAUGUUCAACGCAGAUGAUCGAAAGUCCGGAACGGCUAGGCGAUACUUUGUGGAGGCGCUGAGUGACAUCGUAAAUACGUACACGCUGGAGGUCUCCAUGUGCGGAUACUUCCUGAAUGGGACCAAUAUUCUCACGCCGUACACAGAAGAUGGAUACAUGCGAAUAGGCAGGAAUCUUGCGAGGACAUUCCUAGAAUACUAUCGCUUCACAAAUAUUCUCCCGAUACCACCGGUGGACGAGUUACGCCCGAGAAAAGGCCGUCCUCGAACGCACCGUCCGCGAGCACGGUCGAAAACUCGCAGUGAAGUCCGCGUACGUCCAAAGACGACCCGUGCAUAUGCUCCGAUCAGCUACACCGAUUUGUCCAUCUGCUACGACAGCGCAACGUCGGACGAUGGUUCCCCGGUGCGAUACAUGUACCACGGUAAUGCAGGAUACGGCGGGUUCCGGAUGCGCCCGCAUGCCCACCAGGAUCAGUUUUCCCUGUCCAACAUUCAGGCGGCCCGAUUCAGUAAUCUCGAUUUUACCAGCGACUUUCGGUUCAAGGUUCCGAAAACGAAGGCAGUGCCGGAACCGAAAAUACCUCCCAUUGAGAUUUUGAACGUUCCGCCGAAGCCGCAUCUUACGAUUAUAGAUUUUAACCAGCUAACACGGGGCGGUCUCGACGAAGCCACUGCCAGUCGAGGUGUUCAAUCAGUCGAGCGGGAGAAGGAGAAAAUUCGCAGACACACACUGAAAUCGUGCUCCUCGCGGAAGGCCUAA